AUGGCAACAAUAUACUCUGCGCGCGCGAACAUGCGCAAGGCAGAUACGUACUCGGUCAUGAGCGCAAGCAGCCACGUCCCCAGCACAAUUAACUACAUCAAUAAACAACAACACGCCUCCAAGCGCAAGGUUCUCGCGCGCCUCUUUACCAAGACGGCGUUAAGGGACGUGAAGGAUCAAAUCCUGCGCCAUGUUAAUACGUUCUGCGCCGGUUUAGCCGGGGAGAACUACCAGCCAGCCUGGGGCGCUCCAAAAAAUAUAGCGGCCUGGUCGGACUACCUUACCCUUAAUAUCAUCAACAACCUAUGCUAUGGAAAGGCGUUUGGUCUGCUCCGGGAGGAAACGCAUCGCUAUAUUCCAAAUAUUAUUAGCUGUUGUUUCUUCCAGCCCAAAAUCGCAAAAUACAAGCUUAAUCAUAUCUUUCUGUCGACUAUAUCCUCCCAGAUCCAACAGUUUGGAGGAUGGAUCAAGCAGCAAGCGGAUGCUAGAAAAGCCGCAUUUGCAGGUACCACGAGCAGCACGAGCCCUGCGAGGGACUUCUUCGCACACCUAUCCUCACCCCAACCCGGCAACGCAACGCAAUCAGCGCCUACUCGAAAGGAAAUCUGGGUUGAACUGCUGCAGCUGGUAAUAGCAGGCGCCGACACAACCGCCGUCGCAAUCAGCGGCGUAUUCUUCCACCUGCUCCACACCCCCAGCGCACUAUCCCAGACCACAGCGGAGAUCCUACACACGUUCGAUAGCUACAGCGAUAUCCGGCCCGGCGCGAAACUGCGCUCCUGCAAGUUCCUGCACGCCUGCAUCAACGAGGCCCUCCGUCUCUCGCCCCCGGUCACCGGCUUAGCACCGCGCACUGUGCUGCGCGGGGGCAUCGAGGUCGACGGCGUCCAUUUCCCCGAGGGUACGAUUGUCGGAUCGCCGAUCUACGCGCUGCAUCGAAAUUCGGCGUACUUUGCGCAGCCGGAUUCGUUUGUGCCUGGGCGCUGGUUAAGCGGGGAGGGAGGAGAGGAUACCUACAGUGCAGCUGGAGGUCGGGUGCCGUUCUGUCCGUUUAGUGUAGGGCCGCGAUCGUGUGUUGCGAGGAGGCUGGCUAUGGAUGAGAUUAGUGUUGCGAUAGCGAGGACCCUGUUUCUUUACGAAUUGCGGUUGGAUGGAGAGUGGGAGGGGAAGGAGGAGUAUCAGUUGAAGGGGUGGAUGACUUCGAGUCGCGAGGGGCCGUUUGUGCAGUUCAGGUCUAGAUAA